AAUAUAGCAUCAAGGCCUGAUGGCGUACAGCUUGAAUUAAAUAUCGCUGGGCCGGCGAUAUUCGAGAAAUACGGACAAAGUUAUGUUAAGGUAUUUAAAGUAGAUCUUUGGAUCAUAAGAUGAUGAGUGUUUUAUAAAGCUGGAUAUGGUUAAAACAGGAAAAUAGAAGUGUUAAUGGAUCAUUAACUUGUUCAAUGUGAAACAAAACUGUCAACUACUGAUGGCGAUGUAAAGAAAAUAGCUGAAGCAGAUGAGCCGAAGAAGCUUGAAGACAAGGAGCCACAUAACAUACCAUAAUAUAUUUUAUUUGAUGAAGCAGGUUAAUAAUGGCAGCAAAUGCUAAUGUGGGCCUGGUCUUAAAGUAUAAAUAUCAUAUAAAUACAUGCAAAAGUAAGUGGAAAAAGUAUUUUACAGAUGAAAUGCAAAUAACUAAUUAACUAAAUUAAAUUAUUAGAGUUAAAAGUAUCACAAAAUCAUCGACGUUGUUGUUCGUUGCUGUUGGGUUAGAGCCAGAUGAAAUCACUUCUACAGACCUGUGAGAUUUCUUAAGGUGAGUUUUAAAUGAGGUAAAGCUUGGAACAGCUUUUAGCUCAGGGGUUGGUAAACAGUUCCAGAUUAUACUAGCACGGUGGGUAAAGGAGUCGUGAAGAACUUUAGAGUUAGAAUGAACAAGCUCAAAUCUUAGGUUGUCCCUUGGGUUCUCCCAUUGGGUGUGACUGUACUGAUGUAAACUGAAAUCAAUGAAAAGCGGAUGCAUGAGAUUAAUAAUAAUAGACAGACAUAUGCUGGUUUUUUAGCUGGCGCUCUCAUUGUAAAUCAAGAUACACUGAAAGAUAUUGUCUGUGUUCUCCUUGCUCCCGUUUCCCUCACGUUUACUCUGAAAUGCUAAGAGAUGAAGAAACGUAAAACGAUGUAGCUUUUCAGUAGGCCGCAUUUUUGCGUAAGCUUGUAAUUUUUCUGUUAAAGGCUUUUAGCCAAACAAAGAAUAUGUCAUUAAAAAGAAGAUGAUGAUUUAGUCUUCUAUGGUAAUGUUCCUGUGUCUAUAAAUAUGUCGCAUUUUACAAUCGCAUUUGCAACGUCUGAACUGCUAUGUAGCGAGCAUCAAACGAUGCCAAAUGAUAUUUACAGGAAGAUGUUUAUUUGGAAAUAUUUACAGCAGUGGAUACCCCAGCCACAUUUUAGGGAAAUUGAUCAAACAUUUACGUGAAUAGAGAUCCAGGAUUACUGAUUCAGCACGUUAGAAAUCGUUUUAGCACUUGGAUCAAUCCAGACUUGGCUCGAAAGCAGCGAGCCGAUUAACGCUGUGAUAAAUCAUAAGUGGCUUACUUCUAGAAAUUAACGCUGGCAAGAAGAGAAGUGUUAAAGAAUCAAACAGGACUUUAAUUAGCUUAUGAAAAAUGUUCGCUCAAAGACGAAUUCGUUUUUAAAAAUUACCAUUAUAGUUGAAUGAGUUUAAAACCGAAGAGAGCGCAAAUAUCGUCAAAAUUACCGUGACCCUUUACUUAGUACUACAUAUGUUACAAGUUGAUACAACUGAAGAGUUUCAAUUCUGAAGUCCUGAAAUAUUUACGACACAAUGAUAUUUUAUAACCAGACUUGAGUCUCGAGGUAGUGAAGUACUUCAUUGUUACCCACUUGUUUUGCGCUUACCAGCUCAAAACAUUGUUUCCAUUUCCUCGCGGUUCAGGUAAGCAGGCUAUCGACUAAAGAAUAAAGAGGUAAAUUCUACUUUAGGGUAAACAUUAAUUCCUUUGUAAAAGGGCUUCUGGAACACGACUACACUCGCAACUUCGUUGAAAAAAUAAGAUCUUCUGCCGCUAAACAUGUUGUGUUCAAGUUGUUUAUGUACAACUUUGAAGGCAUGAUUGAUAGCGUAUUAUGUAGACAAAUUUCUCCAUGAGGAGCUCAGAAAUCCAUUUAUUUAAACACGCCAUUCUAAUGCCAAAAAAUAUUUGCAUUUUCCUUUUUUCUUUCGUCGCUCUUGGAAUAAGUUUUUCCCCUUCCAAGAGAUAAAACAUUACAAAAAUUUAUUAUCAAUUAUCUGUUCCAUGAGCACAAUUAGAACAUGGAAGUGUCAGCUUUAAUGUCCUGUUGUCUAGUCAGAACAAUAUUCAACACACUCAGGGUAUAAAGCGGCUUUUGUUCAAUUAUGCUACUAUUCAUAAGCUAUGUCCAUUAUCGUUACAAGUUACUCAUAUACUAAACGUUGAAAAACAGACAUGGAAUCCUGCUCUUUCGAUAAUACUACAAAUACGUUCGCUUCGAUGAUCUGCAAAUUAUAAUCGCAUAAAAUAUAUAUCGUGCAGCCAGAUUUUUUUCUCUUGUCUUUAGUAAAAAAAUCGCAUGAGCUGAUAUCUGCUUAAAAGGUUUAUUAAGGGCAAACCUACUUAACAGUUUUAAAUGAAGUCGUUUGUUAAGAAGCAGCAUUUAUAAUAUUCCCAGUAUUUCUGUCUGAUAAUGAUCGAUGGUUUUCUCUAUUUAGGAGUUGACAUAACAACAGGAACAGGAAACAAGACGUUGCAGUUUUCUUAUUUUUAGAGACUUGACUGGAUUUUAAUAAUGAGUUUCCUGCAGACUUCAGUCUAUACAAAUAUUUCCUUGAGUUUUCCCAUUUCUUAAAAAUUGUUUAAACAAAGAUUAAGAUAAAAUAAAAAAUGAAAAAAGCUGAAGAGGUUACGAUACUUUUUUGAACGCUGUCACUUCACUUUCAGUUUAGCUUUUCGUGGUCUCGAUAUUUAAUAUGAAUUAUAAGUAAUUGAUUCGAUUAUGAGCUCAGUCGAGAUAUAUCCCUGAUUGUCAAACAUAGACCCGUAUCAGUGUCUCCAUUAUAGCAGAACAAAUAAAACUCCACCUGGCGUCGUGUUAAAUACGUGCUCCACCAAGGGAAUGUCGUUUAUUUCACAUUUAGUUCGCGAGUCGUUCUUCCGUGGGAAAUUUUCGCUUCCUUUUGUUAUUGAAAUACAUUCUACAAAGCCCGAUUUAAGUGUGAAGAAAGAUAAACUGAUAAAGAACGAGACAAACAAUGAAAAUAAUACCUGUUAUGUUUUCUGCAGCACGUGGAUUAUAACAGAAUGACUUAAACUUUCUAAAACGGUCAAUAUAAAACUUAUUAGAGGGCUUUAGAACCACAAGUUUUGCUAGGAAAAGAAAACCUCACUUCUAUAGAAGCAACGAGGGUGUCGCGUCAAUUACGGCACGUGCUCAAAUAGCCUGGAUGCCCAAUUUCAAGAGCAGAGAUUGUCAUUCUGCUUUUGUUUUAAAAAUUUGAAUGUACAAGUAGCAAAACGAUAAUUAUAUGAAGUGAAUUACGGGCCUCUAAGCCAAUCAGCUUCGUCUGGUCUCACGCUCUUCACGCGCCACUGAAGGCGGGAAACAAUGCAAACGACGGUUAUCGUGCGACUCUAAGCACUCAGCCAAUCAGAGGCGACUGUUCCCACGGUUGUGGCUUUGUCUAUGAAGCCAGCAUUGUUUAGGCAGCAAGCCGAUUGUCACUGGACAGGUGUUUGUAAAUAAAACUCAUCCAAUGUCGGCACACGACCCCGAUAUUUUCCCACGAUUGAUGAAUAUAAAUGUGAUCGCAUCAUGCAUGUCGGACGGUUCGCGACAAACACUCGCAUAGUCAACAUCUCCGACAAACUUCCAUAAAAAAACUCGUUAGCAAACUUCAAAAAAACAUGGCUGUUGAAUGCUAUGACAGUGCAAUCUAUGUUAGCAAGAUUCUCUCCGAAAGAAGAAAGGCAAAGAAACCUUUGAUGGAAAAAAUGCGCAGAGCGAGAAUCAAUGAAAGCUUGAACGAAAUGAAGAGCUUGGUCUUGGAUCUUUUGCAUAAAGAUGCUUCUCGUUAUUCCAAGAUGGAGAAAGCUGAUGUUCUUGAGAUGACUGUGACAUAUUUGAAAGCCUUACAGCGAAAGGAUUGCCGCUCUGAAGGUCCUCAGUCACCAGCCGAGUACAGAGCUGGCUUCAACCAGUGCUUCAACGAAGUCAACAGAAGCACGACCUGUGAAGGAAACGAGCAGCUCAGGGAAAAACUCUUGUCACACUUGGCUUCGUGUUACCAUAGCGACGCCACUAACCGUGUCGCCACGAGCCACGCUUCAGGGAUUCCCGCCGUGACUUCGAGUUUUCCCGCCAUUGCGCCAAACACCGUCUGGGUUCCAUAUCCUUCACCACCGCCAUCUCCAACAAAUCAACCUACAGUUUUUAUUCCCGUAACAAGUCCAGUUAAAACUGAAAUGCUAAGAAUACCAUCUCCUGUCAGUCCAUCGGCGGCUCAGACACAGCAAAUCAGCCUCUCGCCUGCGAGUUCUCUUAGCGCUGAAACAAAAACACCACUAUGGCGUCCUUGGUAACCAAUAAACACUGAAUUUAAAAUGCUAGAAAGUAAGCUCUUCAAAGGCAACGUUGCAAAUCUAAGGCAGGAUUCCUGUCAUAAUUUUACGCACUGAGUGCGGUUUCUUUACUUGCUUUUCUUCGCCGGCGUAUAGAGCUUUUGUUGAGAUUAUUAUGAAUGACAAAGUGAAAGAGAUUAUUUGUAAAUUUAUAUGCAAAUUACUGCUUGGCAGUUUAUAAUAAAGAAAGGAUUAAUUUAA